GAGUUUCUCUGUAGUCUGAGAGAGUUUGUCUUCCCUGUGCUCUCACUCUCUGUUCAACACUGAGACCCCUUCGGUUCCUGCCUCCAAAGAUGACUUUAAUAUGGAUUUUACUGGUCCUUACUGGGAUUAUCUGCACAGAGGCCAAGAUUGUACAUGUGGAUAUUGCUCUGACCGGGUGCACAGACUCAGAUGGAGAGGACAUGCAUGGACUGGAUGGGGAAGAGAUGGCUCACGCAGACUUCUUCAAGCGCAAAUACGUUAUGACACUGCCUGAGUUUGCUGAUCAGUUUAAAUAUGUGGAAGGCACAUAUGAGCAGGCAGUUGCAGGCCAGCAAGUCUGCAAACAGAACUUGCAAACAAUCAUACAAGCAUACAAAAGUCCAGCAGUAGCAGAGGCCCCCCCCGUCAGUUAUAUCUACCCCAGAGAUGAGGUGAAGGUGGGCUCUGACAACACUCUCACCUGUCUCAUAACCGGGUUCUACCCUCCCCGACUCACCGUGCGGUGGACCAAGAACAACAAGAACGUGACCCAAGGAGUGAGGAGCAGUCAACUCCGCAUGAAUGUUAAAGACGGCUCCUACAACCAGUUCUUCACCCUGAAUUUCACCCCUCAGAAAGGGGACAUCUACACCUGCACUGUGGAGCACCAGGCACUGGAGAGGCCCAUGACAAAAGCGUUUGAUGUUGAGGUGUCAGAGCCCAGUCUUGGUCCCUCAGUGUUCUGUGGAGUGGGUCUGACUCUGGGACUGCUGGGAGUGGCUGCCGGAAUAUUCUUCUUCAUCAAGGGGAACCACUGCAAGUGAAACGGGAACGGCAAUCUUUAGUGGUUUUGUGUUUAGUCAGAUAGCAGAAAUGUACAUCAUACAAAGUCUGAAAGUCUGAAAUUCUCUUUUUCUGUGCCUCCACAAAUAUGAUUUUUUUGGAAGAUCUCAAUGAAAGCUAACU